UUCUGGCUGCCGUUUCUUCUCGUUAUAUAUAACUCCCUGCGCGGCGAAGCUACCGUUGCGGCCGUAUCGCGAUCCGGAAUGCCGGUAUGAUGAGACGUAACGCCGUCGCGGAGGAAGUGGAGGAAGAAGGAGAAGAAGAGUUCUACGAGUCCUUGGACCGGAUCCUGUCCUCCUCCGGCUCCUCCACCUCCGCGUCCGACGACGACCCCAGCGACGACGGUUGCUCUUCGCUGCAGUCGCUCGACGUGUGGACCGCCGAGCCCGCCCCCGUUGCCGAGCGCCGUCGCGUAUUGCUACUGCGCCUCGGCCUCGCAGGCGACUCCAGCCUCUCCCGCCUGCCCCGCCCCGGCACCGAGCCGGCGCCUGAUAUAGAUGCCUCCUUUCCCUACGCCGCCAGAUCCGACGCCUCCGCGGAACCCUCGUCUGUGCAUACCCCCGAGCCCCUUCUUCGAUCUUCCCGGCACCGCCACCAGAGAUCCGUCAAUCUGUCGCUUUCGAGAUCUCGAUCCUCGUCCUCGGGGGUUAUUGAGGUCUCCGACGGCGACGGAGGCAGCGGAAGCCGACUCCUGGAGGACUGCGGCGCCGCCGAUUGCGACGACCCCAGGUGCUUGAUCAAGAACCUUGACAACGGGAGGGAGUUCGUGGUGAAGGAAUUCGGGGAGGAUGGGAUGGGGAAGGAGUUCAGAGAAGUGGGGACUGGGCGACAGCUCACGAUGCGGGAAUUCGAGAUGUGCGUCGGCUGCUCGCCCAUCGUUCAAGAACUGAUGAGGCGUCAGAAUGUGGAGGACGCAGAGGCCGCGCGGCGGAGCGGCAUCGGCUCCAGUGGGUCCGGCAGCGGACUGCGAACGGAUGGGGUUUCGAUGGGAGGGACACGGUCGAAGAAGAAAGGAGGCUGGUUGAGGAGCAUUAGGACUGUGGCAGGGGCUGCGAUUACUGGAGGGCACCACCACCAGGACCGCCGGAGCAGUGACGACAAGGAUACAUCGUCAGAGAAGGGAGGGAGGAGGUCGAGCUCCGCCACAGAUGAUAGCCAGGAUGGCACACAGGGCCUUGACAUUCGGGUCAAGGUCUGGCAGUAUGGAAAGUCUCACAAGGAGCUCACUGGCUUGUACAUGAGCCAGGCAAUUCAGGCACAUAAUGGUUCCAUUUGGAGCAUCAAGUUCAGCUUGGACGGCCGGUACUUGGCCAGUGCAGGAGAGGACUGUGUCAUCCAUGUGUGGGAAGUCUCUGAUAUCAGCACAAGGAGUGAUUUGCUCAAGGCUGCGGAGGAAAAUGAGAAUUUCAGGCCAUUUGCUAUGACAAUCAGCAAUUCUCCUUCAGAUCCAAGAUCAGUGUUGGCUAGUGCAGAAGCAAACCCCUCGGAUAAGAAGAGAAGAGGAAAGAUCCCUAAUGGUCGGAAGUCUAACAGUUCAGACUCUGUUAUGAUGCCUGAGCAUGUGUUUGCUUUGUCAGACAAUCCUGUCUGUUCUUUCAGAGGGCAUGUUGAUGAUGUUCUUGAUCUCUCAUGGUCAAAAUCACAGUAUCUUUUAUCAUCUUCCAUGGACAAAACUGUUCGACUUUGGGACUUGCCCAGCAAUUCCUGUUUAAAGAUAUUUACACACAGUGACUAUGUGACUUGCAUCCAAUUCAAUCCUAUUGAUGAUAGGUAUUUCAUCAGUGGAUCCCUAGAUGAGAAAGUUCGCAUAUGGAGUAUUCCUGAUCGACAAAUUGUUGAUUGGAAUGAUUUGCAUGAGAUGGUCACUGCUGCUUGCUACACCCCUGAUGGACAGGGUGCACUCGUCGGUUCACACAAGGGAAGUUGUCACUUGUAUGACACAUCAGAUAAUAAACUUCUUCAGAAAAGCCAGCUUGACUUGCAAAACAAGAGAAAAAGGUCCAGGCACAAAAAAAUUACUGGUUUCCAGUUUGGUCCUGGGAGUAACUCAAAGAUGCUAGUCACUUCUGCAGAUUCACGAGUACGGGUAGUUGAUGGCAGUGUCCUAGUUCACAAGUUUAAAGGUUUUCGCAAUAGAAGCAGCCAAAUCUCAGCAUACUGGACUGCUGGUGGCAAGUAUGCGAUCUGUGCCAGUGAGGACUCUCAUGUAUACAUAUGGAGAUAUGAUGAAGAUUCUCAGGCUAACCGGACUAGAACUGCCCCGACUGUCACACAGUCUUAUGAGCAUUUCCAUUGUCAAGGAGUGACCAUGGCUAUUCCUUGGCCAAACUCAGGAAUGGGAGGGAUGGUGAGGAUUCCUUCAAACAAACAGAAUUUUCUCAGUGGAGAAUCUCAGGCAAAUUCACCACUGAAAGGUGAAGACAAUGGAACCCAUCCAUCACCUUCUCCUUCUCCUUCUCCUUGUUCCCAGAACAUUGAUGGUCUAAGCCCAACAUCAAAUCACUUCUACGAGAGGGUUUCAGCCACUUGGCCCGAAGAGCUCAUGGCCUCUAAACAGAGCCCUAGCGAUCCAUACAUCAGUGGGUGCACGCCAGUGCAAAGUUCAUCGACAUGGGGAUUGGUGAUCGUCACUGCAAGUCGAUGCGGUGAAAUCAGAAUUUUUCAGAAUUUCGGCUUUCAGUAUCAAGUAUAAUUUCUCACUGUUAAGUGAUGCAAUAUCGCAUAUGCUGAAUGGCUCGCUGUCCUUGUCGCCACAGCCUCCACUUCCCAGGUUCAUCCUGUAGUUUUCUAUACAGUUAGAUAUGCGGCAAGACACACACAAUCUAUGCAUGAUCAAUUCACAAGAGAACCAAUCCAGCAUGCUUGAUGGAUAUCAGUAUUGCCAGAAUGUUGUUCAAAAUGUACAUUAAAGCUGAAGAAUCUAAACAUGGUGAUCAAUAGUUUGAGCUUGUUUCGGUUUGGUUGUCUGCUUUCUUUUCCCCCUUUUUUUUUUGCCAUAACAAUUAUGUUUUGGGGACAGUGUUCUCUACCAUUCCCCUUCCCCCUCAUUGUUUCAUUCUGCUAUAUGUUGAUGUAACCAGAAAAAUUAAAUUGGAAUGUUGCAAAAAAGUUACCCAUA